AUGUCGGAGGAUAUUUAUUUUUGGACGAAAAAUGGCCGCCCUGACCCAAACAAAGACCACGACAGAAAUUCCUUCUGUCAUUAUAUGCUGAGCAACGUCAAAACUCAGGGUGUCAUUAUCAAAACAUAUCAUCUCAAAGAAAGAUCUCUGAAAGAUGUGAAUUUUUUGGAAGAUUGCUUUUCUCACCAGGAUUUCACCCCAUUUGUAAAGUAUUCUCUGAACAAAAAACGUCGAUGGGAAACUAAUGGAAAUUCUCACUGUCUUGCAAACCUUCAGGAAAAUCAUCCGGAUAUGAAAGUAAUGCUCUGUGAACGGGUGGAACAUAGAUGUUCUCCUUAUUUUUGUUAUGCACCUUUCCCUUAUUACUUUGACUAUUUCAAAGUUAAACAACUUCAUGAGCUGAAUGAUUCAACAUACGAAGUAAAAUCUACUAAAUCUGCCCUUGGUCAACCUUACAAGAACUUUCUGCAAGAAAACUGUCUUCCUGGGAAACCAGAAACUAAAGCUGUUGUUGCUUCCUCAAAACCAAUUGUUGCCUAUCAUCUAAUCACUACUCCCAAAAAUUUUGAGCAACUCAAAAACAAAGAUUUUCACCCGGGAAGACAUGACAAGAAAGGUCAUCGUACUUUGGCUCAUUGGCGGAGAAUCAAAACAAUGGAGGACAAUAUUUCAAGUUUAAAGUACGACCAAUUCGAAGAAAUAGAAGAACGCAUGGACAUGACCGAUGAUGAUUCGUUUUGGGAAUUAGACGAGAAGCCGAAAAAGUUUGCUCUAGCCUCUCCAUAUGUGAUGCUACCAGCGAUGGCUGGAAGUCCAUUCGGAAUUAUGAAACAUUUCUCAAUUCCGUGCAAUGUUCAGAUAUACAUGUCAACUGGUUGUUUGGCUUUGAUUGUCAUUUCUUCGCCUGUUUUCUACGAACGCUGGUACCAUGAACUGUUCAGAAAAAAGUCAAAGACAUGGGGCAGAAUUAGAAAAUGGUGGAUUGCAUUUCAUUACUUUAUUGUGAUUGGGAUAGUGGGAUUUGCAGCGAGUGAGGCUCCAGACCAGGCAGAGUCAAUUGAUAUGAUUUUUAAGACUCCGGAUUAUAUGAAAACAGUGAAAUGGUACAUGGUUAAUCUGCAUACGUGGAUUAUUCUAUUUGACUAUUCUGUUGGGAUAUUAACUGUUCCUAUUGUGUUGCUUCCAUCGUUUGCGGGAUAUUCUUUUGGAGUGCUUACAAAGUUCAAAGUUCCCAACUUGUAUCAAGCAUUACUGGUGUUGAACUGUUUGGGUUAUGUCCAAAUUUCCAUAAUGGCCAUAUUCGAAAACCGGUUCCACACAAUAUGUGACUACAUAGGAAAAGAAUAUUGGACAUGGUUGAGAUACCCAUGGUUAGCAACUCACUACUUUGGAGUUUUCGGUGUUUUGUUGUCUUUUGGAUAUCUGGCCCCUGACCAAAGUUAUGCAAUAGAAGCUAGGUUACCUUGUCUUCCUGAUAACUUCUAUGAUAUUCCAAUUUUUGUACUUGCUGAGGAUCACACGUAUCACCUCAUCACGUUCAUUUUCUUCGUUUGUUCGACAAGCUUCGAAAUUGUAGCAUUUGUAUCCAUCAUUAUUUACAACUCGUUGAGACGGAAAUCGAUGUCAAAGAAAACAUAUCAGAUGCAGAGAACAUUAUUCUUUGCAAUCAUACUUCAGAUGGCAAUUCCCGCAGUGACAUUGAUCAUUCCAUUCAUUUAUGCAGGGAUUGCAGUUCUACAAAACUAUCAUAAUCAAGCUCUCACAAACCUAUCAGUAGUCACGGCAUCCCUACAUGGAUGCACUUCUACUAUAGUGAUGCUGCUUGUACAUCGUCCGUAUAGAGAAGGACUUUUGUUCAUAUUUACGAGAUCUCCAAAGAGUGUUUUUCCGUCGAGAACUCUCUACAAUCGUCCAGUGAUUCAGUUAGAUUGA